AAUUCGUGGGAGUGUUCUCCCCUCCUUUUAAUAACUGCUACAUGAUUCCUGUGCAUUUUUUUUUGCCUCGCUCUCCUUUCUUGAAUAAAGCAAAAUCACUUUUCUGACUUGUCCCUGCACCAGUGUUUUGUCCCAUAUUGCACAUCGUAAAAGAAAAAAAGAAACAAGGAGAGAGAGAGAGAGAGAGUAGAGAGAGAAACACAGAUAUUCUAUACUCCUACCACUGGGCACUGCCCAAACAAAUUCAAAACUGGUAGAAAAAGGAUUGCCCCUUUCUCUCUCUUUAGAACAUUUGUUGUCUUGUGUUGUGCCAUUUUUAUCCAAAGAGAAGAACAUGAAUCUUCUUGUUCUGGUAAUACCCAUAUGGGUUUUUGCUAGUUCCAGCUGGGUUUCAGCUUAUGCCAGGCCAGUCUGGCCAGACCCUCCUCUUCCCGCAGCUUCUGAGCCACUCAUUCCAACUGAGAAACAGCCCUCAUCUCAAAUCCCUUCAGAAAUGGCAGCUCACUCUCCAGGAGUGCCAGAGGUUAAAAUAGUGCACCACCAGGAUUUGAAUAAGAGAAUCCUUAUAGCACUCAUUGCUGCUUCUAGCCUUCUUGGUGGAAUUCUGCUGUCUCUAUUUUGUUUCUGUAUCUAUAGACGGAAAAACUUGAAGAAAUCCAAUUCCAAAAGCCAACAUAGCCAGGAUGCUGCGAAAGGACUUUCACUUGGUCCAAUUUUGGGUAGAUUCAAUUCUUCGAGAAUGGCUGGCAAGAAGGGGUCUGUUGCUUUUAUUGAGUAUCAGUUGUUAGUAGCUGCAACAAACAAUUUUCAGGACAACAAUGUUUUGGGUGAGGGUGGAUUCGGACGAGUGUACAAGGCUCGGUUCAGUGAUAACGUGCUUGCGGCCGUAAAAAGACUUCAUGGUGGAAACCAGGAUGCCAGAAGAGAAUUUGAGAAUGAGGUGGAUUGGUUAAGUAAAAUCCAUCAUCAGAAUGUAGUUUCGCUACUGGGAUAUUGCGUUCAUGGGGAUACAAGGUUUCUGGUUUAUGAGAUGAUGCAUAAUGGGUCCUUGGAGUCCCAGUUGCACGGUCCAUCUCAUGGAUCCGCUUUAACUUGGCAUCUCCGGAUGAAAAUCGCUCUCGAUGUUGCUAGAGGAUUGGAAUUUCUUCAUGAGCGUUGCAACCCUCCCGUAAUCCAUAGGGAUCUGAAGUCAUCUAAUAUUCUUAUGGAUUCCAAUUUCAAUGCUAAGCUAUCUGAUUUUGGCCUUGCCAUAACUGGUGGAAACCAAAGCAAGGAGAACAUAAAGCUUUCAGGAACUUUGGGAUAUGUAGCCCCUGAGUACCUUUUGGAUGGUAAACUCACGGAUAAAAGUGAUGUCUAUGCUUUUGGUGUCAUUCUUCUGGAGCUUUUGAUGGGAAGAAAGCCUGUGGAGAAAACCGCGUCUUCUCAUUGCUAUUCUCUUGUUACAUGGGCAAUGCCUCAGCUCACCGACAGGUCAAAGCUUCCGAACAUUGUAGAUCCAGUGAUCAGAAAUUCAAUGGACUUGAAACACUUAUUUCAAGUUGCUGCUGUCGCGGUGCUAUGUGUACAACAAGAACCGAGUUACCGACCGCUGAUAACAGAUGUUCUGCAUUCCUUAAUUCCUCUUGUACCUAUUGAGCUUGGGGGAUCACUAAGAGGAUGAUUAUACUUUGCAAUCCUUUUGUCUAUAUUCCUUUGCGAUUUUUGCCUCACUCCAAAGACCUUUUUCUUCGGAAUCAAAUGCGGGAAAUUCGUCGGUCUUCUUUUUUAUCCACUUUUUUCUUUUUUCUUUUUUAAUUUACAGAUCAAAGCAAUUAAAAUGUGAUUGUUCCAGAGCUAUCUUAUUGAUUUUAGUUUUUCUGCUU